GCAUGUUUACAUUUCCCCUUGCCUGCGGUCUCUUUAUCAGGCAAUGGGUUUGUUCUGCGUCUAGUAUAAAGUAAGUGAGCGCAGGUUUCGCACACACAUGUACUGCAUACAUGCAGCGGGCUCAGGAUGACACAGACGAGUACAGUAUUGAGCAUUUUCAUCUUGUUUCUCCACACCAGUUUUGGGGAAAGUGGUUGCACCUCAGCAGAUGGUGAUGGGACUUUUGGAGAUGACGAAUCAGACAAUUUUGACAUCGACUGCUUCAGCCAGCUGGAAUUUAAGGAUUCCUAUAGCAGCCUGACCUGCAAUUUUACCGAGCUGCCUCCUCACAACAUUAACUAUACUCUGGCCCUGUGUACCAAGGAAGACAGCAAUUAUGUGUGCUUCAACAUGGAGAAACAGGAAGAUGCGUAUUUCUUAAAAUUCACUGAUAUACUCUCAAAUAAAGACAUUUGCAUGGACUCUGAGAUGAAGAGAAAGGUCUGCAGGAGUCUGGUUGUAACCGACAUUGUUAAGCCUGAAGUACCAUUCGAUAUAAACAUCACAUAUCAAAAGGAGGCAAAUGAAUAUCUUAUUCAUUAUAGUACACCACACUCAUGGAAGAAAUACUUAAAGGACAAAUUAAUACACCAAAUAGCCUAUCGUCAGGAAGAACAUACUUGGAAGACAAUAGAGUCGCCAUACCUUCAGGUAAAAUUACUGGGGAAAAACCUUGAAAAUGAUGCAUCAUAUGAGGCGAAAGUGCGUUCGCAGCCCAAUGGAGAUUAUUUUAAGGGCAUCUGGAGCGAAUGGAGCACCUCCAAGAGCUUCAGGACCGCAAGGGAGGAGCACUCCACAGAAAGCUAUAGCAGCGUGGUCAUGGUUAUACUCUCCGUCCUGGGAUUCAUGCUGUCCAUUGUCAUGAUUGUCCUGAUUGUAACUUUUUGGGAAAACAGGAUCAAGCCUGCUGUGUGGCCAAACCUCCCUGAUCAUAAAAAAACGCUGGAGCAACUUUGCAAGAAGCCAAAAAAUAAUUUUGAUAUAAGCUUUAACCCAGAGAGUUUUGGUUAUGUUCAUAUCCAUAAACUGGACGGCAUUCGAGCAAAGGCUGAACUGGAAAAUGUUCUGCAGCCGUCUACUGCUCCAGAGACAAACCUUCCAGAAAAACUUAGGAGCGGAUCAGACCUGAAGAUGAUGCCUGCGAUGACAGACAAAAGCAACCUAAACCUGUCUGUGACUUACGGAGGAAACUGGCCAGCUGAAGCCCUGCACAGGCUCCUGGGCACCAGCCAGUUUGCAGUCACUGAAGGAAACCGCGGCUCCAGCACAUACGAGGUGUGCCACAGCAACGGGGUGCUCCUGUGCGAUGAUGGUUUCAACCUUUCCUCAGCUCCUCCCCCGGAUCCCUCUGGCCAGCCUGGACCAGAGCCCCUAAGUUCUGACACCGUACCCCAGAUGCUGCUUACCAGUGAAAUGAGGUCACCAAACAAUGAGGAAGCCUAUGUCACAAUGUCUAGCUUCUACAGAAUUCAGUAA